AUGGUUCGGAUUGCGCUCGCUGGAGGCUCGGGGGGAGUUGGACGAGAGAUUCUGGAUGCUCUCCUGGAGACGGGAAAACACAACAUUAGUGUCAUCUCUAGAAAGGAAAAUAACAUUCCUGAGCUUGAAUCACGAGUGUCGUGGGUUGUUGCGGAUUAUACCGAUACUGGUCGAUUAGCCGACCUACUCCAAGGAGUUGAUACAGUUCUUUCAUUCAUUGUGGUGGCACAAGACAAAGGAAACCAGUCACAGCGAAACUUGAUAGAUGCAUGCGUCAAGGCUGGCGUCAGGCGAUUUGCACCAAGCGAUUGGGCAGGGGCAUCGACCAAUGGCCUUCCGUGGUACGCAGGUAAGACUGCAAUCGAGCAGUAUCUGAAGAAGAUUAAUCAAGAAAGCAAGGUUCUUGAGUAUUGCUGCUUCAGACCAGGCAUGCUCAUGAAUUAUCUGGCUUUUCCUCAAAAAACAACCAAAUACGCAGAUAUUUGGGGCAUUCAUAUCGACAUGGAGCAUCGACGGGCCAUCAUCCUGGGUGACGCCAAGAACCCUGGCUAUUUCAGCAUGACAACCAUGGACGAUGUAGCCAAAGUCGUUGCCAAGGCUGUAGAGUACGAAGGAGUGUGGCCAGAAGUAGGGGGGAUAAGAGGCGACAAUAUUUCCCAGCAAGAGCUCAUUGCCUUGGGAGAAAAGAUUCGAGGUGGGAGGUUUGCAGUUGAAACAAUCAAGUCGGUACAAGCUCGUGCCGGCAGACUAACUGCCACGUGGCACCCGAAGAUGGAGCAUCCCACCGUUCCAGAAGAGCUGAGAGAGUCAUCGGCAAAGAUUUUCACGGCCAAGACGAUUGUUUCCGUUUACCAGGGCAGCUGGGAGGUGUCUGGCGAGUGGAACAAAAUCUUUCCAGACUAUAAGUUUACGACAAUCCAAGAGUUUCUUGAGAAAUGGUGGGCUGAUAAAGAGUAG